GUACGAUGCGUUAAAUCACCAGCGUUGUCUGACAAGCUUAGCGUAGGUCCAAAGCGAGCUACUUCGAGAGCAAUCCAAACGCGAAGUUGUGCGUCUUGUGGAAGGAGAACGCACUCGUCGCAUCAGCCAGGAGAUUUUGGCACAAGUAUGCGUAGCGACGGAACGACGUUGCAUUGCUAUGAGUGAUACUCGGUGUUGGAAAGGUGCACAACGACCUACUUCGUGAAUUGUCCAAGAAAAUGGCCGUGGAAAGCAUGGAGGCUGAGCGAAGUCGACGCGCGAGUCUAGACAACAUCGCGCAAGUACAGCCAAAUGAACAUGUUACACAAUUGCCGAUCUUGGCAUGCUUGGUAGGUGCACAAUCAACUCGUCCGUGUGUCGACCCAGAAAAAAGUGCGUCAAGAGGUGGAAGACGAGCGCAGUCGUCGGAUGAACCACCAAAACAUCAUCGAAGUGCACAACGAACUCGUGCGCAGGAACUCGGUCAACGACGUCACUGAGGCAGAGCGAACUCGACGCAUGAGCUUGGAUAUCAAAGCCGAGGCAUGUUGGUUGCCUCGACGACCUCAUACUGACAUCCUGUCUGACCAGGUCCAUGCACAUUUGUUGCAUCGCGCGUCAGUGGAGGAGACGGUGGAGCUUGCGGAAACCGAACGUCUUCGGCGCAUUGCUGUAGGCCGAUUUCAGUAGCCAUGCAGGUUCGACUCGCGCUCGAAUAUCAUGACGACCUAGAAGGACAUUCAAGCAAGUAGGAUUUGUUCACAUGUACGGUAAUAGAUCAAAAUACAGAACAAGUUAUACCAUACUCCCUCCGUCCCACAAUACUUGCGUAGAUCAGAAAAAAGAUGUACGGCUCCUUGAAUAAAAUAUCAAACACCUCAAAACUUUUUUAUGCUACGCAUUGAACACAGUGUAGUGCGUUGUGCGAACGACACUCGCACUAGCUUCGCCUUAACCUGCUCUGGGGUAUAGACCGUCUUCCUACCCACACG